AUGGACUACACACCGAGCCCUAAAAUUUGCCAAGAAAUGCUUGAAAAUCAGGCUACAUCCCUAUCACAGCCAGGACGCGUCCCGGACAUAGCCGGCACAUCGUGCCCACAAACUGCCUACAAAUGCCAAAAAAUUAGGCUAUGUCCCAACUGCGUUCCAUUUUUUGUUGACGAGUUCAACAAAUGGGCUGAGAAAACUCGUUUUCAGUUUAGGGAUUCUUUAGUUCUGAAGUAUGAUUCCAAGACUGAGUCAGUGCUGAAAGUGACCGAGGAAGACUACAAAAUUUGCAACAACGCCAAUCCAACAAAAUCACACCAUGAUGGAGAAACUACAAUUUCACUAGAAAAAUCAUGUCUAUUUUUCUUCAUCAGUGGAGCUGAAGAACAUUGCUAUAAUGGUCAAAAGCUUGAGGUUAUGGUUCUGUCGGAUAAACAUGACUCCAGCCACCAAUCUACAGUACAGAAAUUGCCUAGAAAUGCCUGA